UGUUUCCUGCUGGUCUCAGGUGUUCCUCAGGUGGUCUGUUCCUCUCAGCCAAUCGUAGCCUCUCUGGGUGAUGACGUCAUCCUCCCGUGUCACGUGGAGCCUCCAGUGGAGGAGGAGCAGCUGACAGUAGAGUGGUGGAGGAUCGACCUCCCACCUGACCCCAGAGAUCCACGGAGCCUGGACAGGUAUGUCCACCGUUACCAUGACAACCAGGAUGAGGAGGACAUGAAGAUGCCGGUGUACGCUGGGAGGACGGAGCUGCUCAGAGAGGAGCUGAAACACUGCAACGUAUCGCUGAAGAUCAUCAACGUGAAGCCCAGUGACGGAGGGUUGUACAGAUGUUUCCUCCCUCGGUUAAACAGCUGGAGGAGGUCAGCAGACAUCAGGCUGGUUGUUGUUAUUCAAGAAAGCAGGAUGACGACACAGAAACCCAGAAGUCAACAAACAACACCGAUGAAUAAAGAGACACACAUUGGAGUAACUGUCUCCUCUGUGGGAUUGUUGUUGUCAGACAGAAGAGGAAUGAUCGCUGCUGUGGUUCUCUUCAUCUUCCUGAUCCUGGGUGGAGGAGGAACACUUGUUCAAACACAAGUGUCCACAACAAGAAGAUUCAAACCAACGAGUCCUCCAGGACCAGUUGGACACAGUGAGUGUGAACUCUGAUCUUGACAAAGAUGGUAAAGAUGGAGGCUUCAGGACUGAUGAAUCACUGCUGUCCAGUGGAGCAGAUGUGAAGCUCGAGUUCACCUUUAAUCUCGAGUUCACCUUUAAUCUCGACACCAUGUCCGUCAGUUGGAGCGGAGACUUUAUGGAAGUACGAUGAGGUUGGUGGACUAGAAGGAGCAGCAGGUCCAGCCUGGUUUGAGUUCAUGUUGCUCUUCAUUCUGAACACUACAAACUACCAGGAGCUGGUUCACUUGCAUUCCUGCUCGUCCUGUUCCAGCAGCUUGUUUUUCUAAACCUGCAUCAAGUCCAGACCUGCAACACUUUGGCCCCCUUUUUCCUUUUUUUUCAUUCUCAGGAGAUGUUGUUACAGUGUUGUCUGUUCUGCUGCCAACAACAGAACAACCAAGUGUCCAAGUGAGUGGAACCUAAGAAAUUAACAAAUAAUCAGUGUUUGUUGCACAAGGUGUUGUGGAUGCAGCGCCACGACAACCAUCUG